CAAUCAACACUGUCAUAGAUGGCAACAAGGUCAUCGUCGCGAACGGACAGAAUACACUGACCUUGACCUGCACAGCCGGAAAUUCCAACCCCGUAUCUUCCAUACAGUGGAACUUUGACUCUAUUAUUUCUACACAACCCUCGGUAUCAAAUGAAUCCUCUUUAUAUGGAGGGAGAAUAGCGCGUAGUGUUCUUACGUUUACACCCAGUAGAAACGAUGAUGGGAAGAAUGUGUCAUGUAGGGCGAACAAUACACUCAACCGACCAGCGUCAUCAUCUGUCAUGCUGGAUUUCAAAUAUCGCCCACAGAUUUCCCUGAUACCGAUUCAGUCCGCAGUUGAAGGUGACUCAUACACUCUACUAUGUGCAGCUCACAGUAAACCUCCUGCCACCUUUAGCUGGUACAGGAAGGGUGCAUUAAUCCAUGAGGUAUCUGGUACUAGUUCAGAUAAUCAGGGACCAUACACAAUCAACCCUGUUAACAGGUCUCAUACAGGGAUAUACACAUGUAAAGCAGAUAACAACGUAUGGAACAAGGACGAACAAGAUGUUACUUUUACCGUGCAGUAUCCACCUGAUAUCACAGUUGUUGUUCAGAAUACAUCAAUUAUGACAAACAUAUCUCGGUUGAUUUGCAAUGCCUCUGGAGUUCCUAGUACGUACACAUUCAGUUCUACAUGGUCACAGGAUUGGCCUGGGCACGGCAAGAUCAAGGACUGGAUUGGCAAUAAUGACACUCUUACACUGAACCAGCUGACUUACGCACAUUCUGGACUGUACUCGUGCUCUGCUACAAAUGGUAUAAAGGUGUUUGGGACAGACCAACAGUACAUGCGUGGUUCUGGAUACCUGCUUGUUAAAGGGAAACCACAGCCACCAUAUGAUGUUGUUAUAGAAGAAAUCAAUGACCAUUCCGCUGUAAUAUCCUGGAAACAUGGCUUUCAUGGUGGUUUUCCACAGACUUUUGUUAUACAAACCAGCUUUGAUGGAAACUCUUGGAAGAAUGCAACCACUGUUGAAGGAGAAAUGCUUAUGACUGUGCUUCGUAUUAACGCAACAGUGACUGGUCUUGAGCCAGCAACUCAGUAUUUCGUUAGAAUGUUCUCAUUCAACUCAAAAGGAGCAAAAUCCACCGGACAAGUGCUGUAUGAGGCAUCGGCUGUUUCGGCGAUAAACAAUGGUGGGUCCAUAUUCAUCGGACGUUUCGGCACUGUCCCACUACGUCCUCCUAUGGUGUGCCGACCGGAAGUGAUCAAUUUUCGGCCAGGAGAUAGUAAGCCUCCGCUACACUUCCUCAUCUGCCAGGUCUCGGUGGCCAGUCCCUAG